GAGGUGGAAGAGGAGGAGGAAGAAGAGGACGGUCCUGCUGUCACAGAUGGAAAUACAGCAGUAGGUUUGAGAAGGACACAUAAUCCUGUUUAUUUUGUCCGGAGUGGCACAGACGAGAAUUGGCCACAGCGAUACAAAAUCCCAUGUUUCGCUAUAAAACCCAAGCGGACGUCACAGGAGCACAUCGUCCACUAUGGAAACUUUAGCCGUCAUUUAAUUGCCGGCAGAAUAUAACAACGCUGGGAUUCAAGCCGCAAACUGUGAGUUUCGGGCAAACGAGGUGAAUGUUUUUCGUUAGACCGGGCAACAGUGUGGAAAAUGUACAAGACACAAAACAAAGAUGUUGCCAAGACUGUACGCAUGCGCACUCUAAGCGGUUGCCAUCUUUGUGGUUGCUCGCCAUAACAUCCAGUCAGCUGCUCGUACAGAAGCCUGUUCAUUCCCACCUCACAUGCUGAAGACAGAAUGCCGAUCAUAAGCAAUGCCAACCACGACUUCAGCACCUAUUCAAUAAGCACUGAUGACAGUAGCCUCGACCGAUUCUUCACUGAGAUCCCCGAGACAGAGACCAUUAAGGGAGUAUAUUUUCAGCAGGCCCAGCUACUGCGUGACCCCAAGGCCUCUUAUGUGGUUGAUCACACUCUUCAGGUUCUCAUCAACGUCGGGGGAAAUCGAUAUACCUUCCCCUGGAGCACGUUGGAGAAAUUUCCCCAGAGUCGCCUGGGACGCCUGCGCUUCUGCACAACGCCGGAGGAGAUCGCACACCUCUGUGAUGACUAUGACGAGACAUGCAAGGAAUACUUUUUUGACCGCAACCCGACUGCUUUCCGGGUCAUCCUUAACUUCCUCGCAGCGGGAAAGCUGCGUCUGUUGCGGGAACUGUGCGCCGUAUCUCUGCACGAAGAGCUCGACUACUGGGGCGUCGAUGCGGGUCAUAUGGAGCGGUGCUGCCGCCGUCGCAUGAUCACCCGUGUGGACGAGGUGGCAGAGCGAGAGCGCAAGGAAGAGGAAUGGAGACAGAAGAGGCUGAUCCUGAAGAAAAGCCCAGCAGAUAUGGAGAGAGGCUACCGCAAGCUGAUCUGGAUGCUGCGGGAAGUGGUGGAAAACCCUCACUCUGGGUUGGCGGGGAAGAUAUUUGCCUGCCUCUCGGUCAUCAUGGUGCUUGUUACUGUGAUCAGCCUGUGUAUCAGCACCAUGCCAGAUCUCAGAGAUGAAGAAACUAGGGGCGAGUGCUCCCAGAAGUGCCACAGCAUGUUUGUGGUGGAAUCCAUCUGCGUGGCCUGGUUCACUUUAGAAUUUAUGCUGCGAUUCAUAAACGCCCAGAGCAAGCUGGCCUUUGCUCGUGGUCCCCUCAACAUAAUAGACGCUAUCGCCAUCCUGCCAUACUACGUGUCCCUGGUGGUGGAUGUCGGAGAUGAUUCUCGGGAGGAAGCUGUCAUGGGAGCUGGCAGAGGCUACCUGGACAAACUAAGUCUCAUUCUUCGCCUCCUGCGAGCACUGCGCAUCCUGUAUGUGAUGAGGCUGGCGCGUCACUCCUUAGGCCUGCAGACACUGGGACUGACUAUGCAACGGAGCAUGAGGGAGUUUGGCCUCCUGCUGCUGUUUGUGUGCGUGGCCGUUACUCUCUACUCACCCUUGGUGCACCUUGCAGAGAGCGAGCUCGCGCCGUACGCUGCCACUCAUCCGCAACACAGCUUCAGCAGCAUUCCGGCUACGUACUGGUGGGCAAUCAUCUCUAUGACAACAGUCGGCUAUGGAGACAUGGUUCCGCGCAGCAUACCCGGACAGAUGGUGGCAUUGACUAGUAUCCUGAGUGGAAUACUCAUCAUGGCAUUUCCAGCCACUUCAAUCUUCCAUACCUUCUCUCGCUCCUAUCAGGAAUUAAAGCAGGACUAUGAGAGGAUUUCCAAGGCGGAGCGAGGCGAGGAAAUGGCAGAGGAGUUGGAGCAGAGGGGCUCCAGAGCAAAUAAGCUCACGUCUCUUUGCACAGUUGGUCACAUCGAUGGAGGGACAGACAGAGAUAAUAACGCUACUCUUCCAUGUACAGCUUUCUAGGAACCUAAGGAGGGGCACGAUUUUAAAAAAGGUUUCAGUUGUUUUGAAAUGGUCAAGCUAUAUACUCUAAAAGCUUUUACGAGUAAUUACCUCAUCGCCUGGUCAACUGGGCCUAUCUAGUACGAGAAACCUAUUUUGUUUUUAAGUUUCCUCCCCACCACGAAUCCACAAAGAAAAGAAACUGAUGGGAAAUGUUUUUUUCCGUAACUUCCAUUCCAAACUAACAAGUAGAACAGUGAACUACAUACCACAAGAAUCGUGGUGGCUGCUGGUCUUUUAAGUGGAGGGAAGCUCAUUUUCAGCUCCGCUCUUAACAAGAGUACAGUCUCCGACAACAAAUGCUGGAUUUUACAAAGAAAAUGUUACUUAGAAGAUGGUAAAAUUGCUCUGGCAUUGGUUUAUAUUUCAAGAUUGCAGAUUCGCUAAUUUUUCUGUGAAUAAAAAAUUGAUUUAAAAAGACAGGUCAUCCAAUCAUCACGUAGGAGGUCAGCGUUCAGGUCAGAUUUACACGGGGAAAAGCUGAGCAUUCAUCCAAUGUCUUGUUUGGCUACAGUGGAAAAUCCCAUUCUAUGCUCCCCUUUUGAAGUCAAUGGACGCUCAGCCUCUACACAUAUACAUUAAUAUACGGUGACACUAUCACAAUGAAUGACAAGAAAAUUGCCUCAGCUGUUGCGGAAGUAGCUGAUUACGAACAAAAGUUAAAUGCAUUCUAGCGAAUAUAUAAUCAAUGAAAUGGUAACACCACAAAAGUACAUAUACUUUUUCUUUGACAUUUUAGGGGAAAACUGAGGUUUCUUGGCAGCCAUAGAGAAAUCGCCCCCACACAAGAUCAACAAGCAGUGAGUGUCACUUAAUAUGAUUAAACAAUUUCAGAUAUAUAUAAGCGGUAGAAAAUGGAUGGCUGGAUAUAUAUAUAUAUAUAUAUAUAUAUAUAUACAUAUAUAUAUAUAUAUAUACAUAUAUAUAUAUAUAUAUAUAUAUAUAUAUAUAUAUAUAUGUAUUUCACAUGUUUAGAAAACAAAGUAACAGUGACCAGUUCUGAUAAAAGUUGAAUGGAUGCUUUAGUGCGGUGAUGACAAGCCCCUCGUUUUUUAUUGACUAAUUCUAAAUCCAUUUUGCUGUCAUCAUAAUUCAGAAGGAAGAUGAAAGACUCAAGAAUGGGAUCGACACAAACCUAUGAUAAGUAUGACACCUGUCUAUUCACAUCAAUGGCUGCAGCAGGAAGAGCAGCGAACCCACCUGCACACAUCUUGUAACAUGACAUUGCCCAUCUGCCCGGACAUGAUAAGCUUAUGUGACGCCGUAAUAUAUCUUCACCCCGCUGAUAUGGCAGGCAUAUCUUUUGGUUUCAAGCAGCUCCUUCCUGGCCUCUUCUUUCUUCCUGUUCGAAACAGCUCCAUGUAUGAUAUUAUUAUGUAUUCAUCUUAUCUAGCUGUUGGGAAACCGGUGUUCCCUUAGGUAUGCGUGUAAGCGCUUUAAAUAGGAAAGUGAGGACCUUGAGUGGAUAUUUGUGCUUACUUGUUACUUAAAUUGUUUUUUUUUUUUUUCGGGGAGGGCAUGUGCUCAUUAUAUAUUAUUCAAGCCCUGUGUGAGGUUCCUGUGGUGUAAAAAGCUGUGUGUGGUAAUAGUUGGCAAACACAAUGUAUCAGCAAUUAUAUUGUUUACUUACAAGGAUUAUUCUAAUUACUUUUAUUUUUUCUUCAUAUAAAUGCACAAAACAUUGAAACUGAUUUUGUUUUUCCAUGGGAGCAUCACUGUAUAUUACUUACAUAAAUAUAUUUUUUUUUUUAAUAAAUAAGAACCAAAGCCUAACAAAACAUUUUAAAGAAGUAAACAAACAAAAAGACUCUGAUAAAGUAUGAUAACCUGAGUAACAAUUAACAACUCUGUAGCAUACAGAAUGCAGAUGCCACCAUGUGAUAACACCUCCAUUAUGCAAGUCAAACAUAAGGGAUGGCGUUAGCUGCCAAACCAGACUUUUACUUUGUUCCUCCACUUAUAUAUGCAAAAUGCUUUCUGGUAAUAUGCUGCCUCAUUGAUGCAGUGCUAUUGUGAAAUGCCAACUCUGUUUGACACUUUAAAUAUUUCCCCACCAUGUCUGUCUUUUUUCUUUGGAACCUUUACUCUCUUUCUGCCUUGUUGUUUUUACUCAUUAAACAAAUGAUUGAAGCAAAAAACUACAAAUUGAAGGUUGUUUUUGUAAUUUAUGAAUCGUUGAACCCCUAUUAAUAUUUAGAACUGAUCCUUACUGUCAUGAUCCGCUGCUCGGAUCAUGUCUUAUUCUGGUUUUGAUUCUGUUUUAUAUCACAUCUUGUUAGCGUUUGUCUUCCGUAGUUCCUGGUGGCACUUCCUGUUUUGUUCUGUUGUCAUAACCAUGCAUUUGUGUCACCUGCCUUUUGUUAUUGACGCACACCUGCCUCCUAAUUACUGUCCACGCUAUUCCUUUGUUUAUUCCCUAGCUCACAUGCUAGCGCCUUUAGUUCCUUCUAGCUCCCAUGCUAGUUCUGUUUGUUUUGUCUUUAGUGCCUUGUGCAAGUGUUUCUGUUCUUAGUUUGUUUUGUUAGUGUAAAUAAAUCUUAAUUUCCUACCUACACGCUGUGUCCAUAUCCGACUGCAUCCUUGAGGAACAAACCCUCACCACGAUGCCAGCUGAGCGUCACAUUAAAAUGCGAGCACUAGGAAGUUCUCUCGCAGCGGAGAUUAAAGAGUUUGAUGAAGUUACGUGGAGGUUAGCCCAAGCGAUGGAGGCUGGGAUAUUCCGCUGCGCACCGGGUGAAGAGAUGAUCUGGGGGCCACGAGGUCUCCAAGCCCCGCUCGACUCCACCUGGUCCGGUUAUGACCCGCUCGCACUCAUCAGCAAAGGCGGAAGUCGCGAAAAAGACAGAGACGCGCUAACCCCACCAUCACUCCCUCCGGGACACAGCCAGCUUCAACCCGUCCAGGACUCACUUCACAUGUCUGGUAAAGCCUUCGUUUUCCCUUCUAUAGACUCCUCCGGCUGGCCAGUCAGUCACACAUACUGCAGCCGUGACGUCACUCCUCUGACG